ACAAGAGGCAAAUGAGCACGAAGCCUCGCCGCCGUUAUAAAUAAAGUGCGUCAUCGCCUCCCGCAACCUCAUGCGUCCGGCGUUCGACCCAUCGCGAUGAGGCGCAGUUACGGCGAGGGACGGUUCCUCGCUUCCCCCUCCGGAAUCGGCUCCGGCGUCCAGACCGGAAGGGGCAGCGACCUCCACGACUUCUACGAGGAGGACGUAUGGACCGCCUCUCCCGAGGUUUCCCAUCACCACCUCUCCGACGACGUCGUUGACGACGACGAUGACGACGACAACGACCGCUGGCAUGACGCGAGCGUUGUCUCCGAUAUCCGGUGGGUCCACAGGAAGGUCGGUGGCCUUUCUCUCGCCUUAGAGGACUCCUACCAUGGCACAGACGCUCGCCCUCUGCGGAAAAGGCGGCAGUGGACGUUGCCGGCGUCGGCGCCGGUGGACGUGCCGGCCUGGCCGAGGCAUCACUUGCCGGGAUCGGGUGGGCCACCGUCGGAGACAGAGGAGGAGGAAACGGAGGAGGAUUGGAUGCCGCCGCAUGAGUACUUGACGCGGGCCCACGGGCGGAGCACGGCGACGGCGUCGGUGUUGGAGGGCGCCGGGCGGACGCUCAAAGGCCGCGAUAUGAGCCGGGUCCGGGAUGCCGUCUGGAGUCAGACCGGCUUCUUCGGCUGAACCCGACCGCUUGAUUAUUGCUAUGUUUUUGUGUAAUAGCCGUGAUUUGGCCAUGUAAAAGUCCGAUUCAAUUGUUGCCAAUGAGCUCAAUGUUGUAAAUUGUUGGUAAUUGUAAUUUAUCUUUAGUUUUUCCCUUUUU